CAGAGCUGGAAGGAGAGAGCUUGUGUCUUCAGGCUUCAUAUAGAAAACUCUACAGAAGACGGAGAGGCCUCAGGAGGGACGAGCCCUCUUUAUCAUCAUAAUAAGACCAUGAGCACCAACGAGUACAACCACUCCUUGUACAACGGCACGCCAUGGUUUGUCUACGAGUGUACCCUGGAGCUGGACUCAGACUACCGCCGCAUCGCCCUCUUCCUGAUCUACCUCUUCGUCUUCAUGGUGGGGCUGCUGGAGAACGGCCUGGUCGUGUGGGUCAACUGGCGCAGACGCCACUCGGCCAACGGGGUCCUCUUCUGCAUCAUCAACAUGAGCCUGUCGGACCUGAUGGUGAUCGUGAUCCUGCCGUUCUUCAUGAUGGAGGUGACCAUGGACAAGGUGUGGCUGUGGGGUCGCUUCCUCUGCAAAGUCACCAACCUGAUCUAUGUGGUCAACUUCUACAGCAGCUCCUUCUUCCUGGCCUUCAUGACGCUGGAGCGAUACCUCUCCCUGACUAGACCUGCGUUCCCGGCCUUCUUCCCCGUGGUUGGUCGGCGUCGCUGGGUGCUCUGCGGAGGUCUCUGGCUGUUCUCCUUGUUCCUGGCUCUGCUGGAGAACGUCCAUGUGGAUCUUCUGGAGUGGGAUGAGCCGGGAUGCUACAUGCUGCCUGAGUACUACUUCACAGAGUGGUUCGUCAGCGUCACCCUCCUCUGUUUGAUCUUCCAGUUCCUCGGUCCUGCCGCCGUCAUCAUCACUUGUAACGUGCUCACUGCUCGUGCAGUUCAGACAGCUCCAGAUGUUCAGGACCGCCGUGACGUGUGGCUGGUGCACGUGUACUCCCUGGUGUUUGUCCUGUGCUGGCUGCCGUACCACCUAGUCAUGUUUCUGGUUAUCAUUGAUGACAUUGACCCCCGGUACUUCAGCUGCAACACCGUAGAGUUCCUCUACUUCUCCUUCAGUGUGGUGCAGAGCCUGUCUCUCUUCCACUGUGUUGCCAACCCCAUCCUUUACAACUUCCUCAGCAAGAGCUUCCGCAACAACCUCAUGAACACGGUGGCGAGCUACAUAACUAAAGAGGAAGCUUUGAACCAGGUGGGAGCAGGGACCCAGCCUAAUGCUCCCAAUGGAGGAGGCGGGAACCAGGGGAAGGAGCGGAAGUUAAGUAAUGCAAGCACCAGCCAGUCUGACGUUGGAUCAUAAGAACAAGACGGAGAUUUAGCCAGAGAUCAGACUUGACUUUGAGACCAGGAGUGGGUUGCACUUAAGUCAGACACGGACUUUAGACUUGACUUGGACUCGUCCCCUUAGAGGCCACAGACUUGACCCCGACUCAAGGUUUGAGAUUCAAGCCCAGUAAUUUUAUAUUGAAUAUGGGAUGCAAUAUCAAUAUCAGCUGUAUGUCUUUUACUUAAUACUGUGACAGUGGUUUGAAUAUGGCACUGUCUUAAACUUUGUCUCCAGUUAACUUUAGAUCCUACUAGUAAAGCCUGAUUUAUGCUUCUGUCACGUCAACGGCGUAGAAGUAUAAAUCAGGCUUAACAGACAAAAGAGGUGGAGCUGAGGUGGGUCUGAAGCCUUAUCAGCCACACCCCUAUGAAUGCAUUGAUCAGUAUCUUUAUUUAACCAAACCUGCUGUGCAACAAAAAAAAAUCCAACCCCUGUAUAGCCUGUGCUUAUACAGGCAUUAACUAUUCCAACCAAAAUAUUUUUUGCACAAGGCUGCAAACAUGGCUAUUUCUGAUGUAAAAACUCAUAAUUUUAACAUGAGGAAUGUGCUGUGGCACAGCCCCUAGUGGACACACAAAGAACUGCAGGUUUUGCACUUUUGCAUUGGCUUAACUUUUCAACCAUAGAGGCUAGUGUACCUCCUUUUUAUUGUCCAGACGUUCAGAGGUAACAAGCCACACCAGAUAGACUGUGUGCAUGGGAUUAUUUCACAUUCAUCUUGGAAAAACUCCCAUACAAAUGCUUUGGGAAGGGCUGGAUUUUUUAAAAGGUCAAACAAAUUCAGCUCACUAGAUAGAUUUCUGUAUCUCUCAUAUGUAUACUGCAAGAAAAAACUCAAUAGAUAUCUGCAUUUGAGUAAAUUUAAGCUUAUAAACUCACCAGAAGGCCGCCAUGUUUUGGUCUGUACCGAUAGUGUGACGUCUGUCGGCGGAAGCGCUCCUCGCCAUUACUAUGCAAGUGCUGCCACAGGUUACAGCUUUCAUACCAGUCACGAGUUUGCUGCGUGUUUGCUUUAUCUGUCCGCCAUCAAAACUCUGCCAUUCUUUCUAAGUUUUACCGUGAUAAAUCUCCCCAUAGGUGACUUCAGUCAGUGUUCUGGGAGCUUUUCAAAAUAAAAGCAUUAUGCACAAAAGAAGAGAGUUUCUCCGAAGAAAUGCUGAAGCGGGCUUUUACUUUGAAAACAACAAACUGGAAGUGUUUUGAAUGUGCGUUUAUUUUUACCUGUAACAUUUUGAAACGUGUGGAAAUAGCUUCAUAAAUAGAAUUUGGAGAACAGCUUUAUUAAACAGACACAUUUUAGCUCAUGGCCGUCAUCUGGUUCAUCAAGAAAAAGAUUUCAAACAUAUUCUAUCGAUGUGGAUGUAUAUAUCUGCUACAACAAGGUAAGUAUGGCUCUGUAUUUAUCAUUUCCUUGUCUGUUUUGACUGAUAACUAUGGCAGAGGAUUAGGGUCAUUGGAAAAAAAAAACAUUUGGUGACAAUAUUUUUUUUUUUACUCUGAGAAAAAAGCCAUCAUUAUGAGAUUAAAGUCAGGAUUCU